AUGACUGAGGACAAUCACUCCUUGACAACUGAGUUCAUCCUCACAGGAUUUAUGGAUCACCCAGAUAUGAAGACCCUAUUGUUUGUGGUGUUCUUUGCUAUCUAUCUGAUCACUAUGGUGGGUAAUCUUGGUUUGGUGGCAUUGAUUUUCAAGGAGCGCCGUCUGCACACACCAAUGUACAUCUUUCUGGGCAACCUGGCUCUGAUGGAUUCCUGCUGCUCCUGUGCCAUUACCCCCAAGAUGUUACAGAACUUCUAUUCUGAGGACAGAACAAUUUCACUCCAUGAAUGCAUGGCACAGUUUUAUUUUCUCUGCCUUGCUGAAACUGCAGACUGCUUUCUCUUGGCAGCAAUGGCUUAUGAUCGCUAUGUGGCAAUAUGUAGUCCACUGAAGUACCACACCAUGAUGUCAAAGCAACUCUGCAUUAAAAUGGCCAUAGGGGCCUUUAUAGCUGGGAACUUACAUUCCAUGAUUCAUGUUGUACUUCUAUUAAGGUUAACCUUCUGCAGAUCUCAUAAAAUCAACCACUUUUUUUGUGAUGUUCUUCCAUUAUACAGACUCUCUUGUGUUGACCCUUAUAUCAAUGAACUGAUGAUACCUAUCUUUUCAGGGUCAAUUCAAGUCUUCACUAUUACCAUAGUAGUAAUUUCUUAUCUUUGCAUCCUUUUCACUAUUUUCAAAAUGAAAUCCAAAGAAGGAAGAGGAAAAGCUUUGUCUACUUGUGCAUCUCACUUUCUCUCUAUCUCAAUGUUCUACGGCUCUCUUCUCGUCAUGUACAUUCGUCCAAGUUCAGUUGAAGAAGUGGAUAAAGAUAUACCAGUUGCUAUUUUUUAUACUUUAGUAAUUCCUUUAUUAAACCCUUUUAUUUAUACUCUAAGAAAUAAGGAAGUAAUGAAUGUUGUGAAAAGAAUUAUGAAGAAGAGAAAACCUGCUAACAUUCUGAAACAGAUAUCAUCUACUGUGACUACUUGA